GUGGUGACCAUUUUCGCCGAUAUAAGAUGCGUGCAACUAUAAGCCGUCGGGACUGUCUCUCUGGAUAGACUGACUAGAUUGUUAUUUCUUGGUUGGCUGUUUGUAUAAUGUGUCCUCCAAGUGAUAAUGCAUUGAGCUUCAUCUAACAACAUCCCUGCUGCAGUCCCACGACUCCCACCAUGAACACAAGAUCAGGAGCUUUGCUGCAGCUCUCCAGGAUGGGAUUCAGACUUUGUGCAUCUAAAUCCCAUAACUGCAGCGUCAAGGCGCUGAGUUUCCCUGAGACUUCUACUUGUCAUCCAAAUAUCUCGCGUAUCCUAUCAGUACCCAGCUGUCACUCUUACUCCAGCAGCGUCAAGGUACGCUCAUAUCUUCAAUACAUGAAACACAAGAUCAAACCCCCUCCCAGUCCUCCAUAUGGGCACGUAUGCCAGGUAGGAGACCCGGUGCUACGCUCACAUGCAGCUGCUGUAGAUCCUGCAGCAAUUACUGGCCCUGAGAUUCAAAAGGUCAUCAACACUAUGGUGAAAGUGAUGCGAAAAAUGGAGUGUGUGGGACUUAGUGCGCCUCAGGUUGGGGUGCCGCUCCGAAUCUUGGCUCUGGAAUAUCCUGAGAAAAUGUUAGAAGAGAGUUCACCUGCAUCAAGAGAGGCCCGUGGUCUUUCUGUUCAGCCUUUGAGAAUCUUUAUCAACCCUCAGCUGAGAGUCCUGGAUGGACGGACAGUGCUUUUUCAGGAGGCUUGUGAGAGUAUCUCAGGCUUCUCUGCCACAGUUCCACGCUACCUGUCUGUGGAAGUUUCUGGUCUGAAUGAGAAAGGUGAACCUGUCACAUGGCAGGCAAGCGGCUGGCCAGCUCGUAUCAUCCAGCAUGAGAUGGACCACCUGGAUGGUGUCCUGUACAUCGACCGCAUGGACAGCAAGACCUUCCUCAACAUCAACUGGCAGGCGUACAAUGAAUAGGAAAACAGAGCACAGACAUUGGCUCAGGAAUCCAUAAAAGUUUUAUGCACUGAUUCUGGUUUAGACCACCUCUAUCUAGUCUAACCAACACUGUGGGUUGAAAAAAAGCUCUACAGACUCAGCAGUAGAGCUGGAGUUGAGAACAAACAUUUCAGAUAGCUUUAAAGAAAUGCACGCAAGCUAUUAGAAAGCUAAAUUCUUUCAAACCAUUGCUGACAUGUCCCUGGAUAAUUAUAAGGACAUUGAUACAUCUUUAGGUUUCUGUUUUCCUGCAAACAAUCAUUAAAGGACAAGUCUGAUUUUCCGUAUUCACUGAUGUAAAUGAAGCUUCAGACACCAACAGUCUUGUCCUCCAACGUACGUACAAACUGAAUUCUGUUAACCUUGAUUAUACAUGAAAUUAUACAUUUUCCAAUUGGUUAAAUAAAUGCCUGGUAUCAGACUGACUGAGAAAAGCUUAUGGAAAUUAUACCAAUUUGGAAAGUGUGAUGUGUUUAAAGUUCUAAAGGCUUGAUUCUCCUGAAAUUUGACAUGUUUCCUGAAAGUGUACUGCACCAAGAGAUUCAUGUGCUCCGGAUCCUUUGUGUAUGAACAAUAAAGAUGCCAAUUAAUUUAUGAGAAACUGGGUAUCAGUACAGUGUGUCUGUGGGGUCUUUAAAGUACUAAAAGUUUAUCAAUCAAUUCAGUUAAAAUUAAGGA